GUUUGAAUUAACAGUUAGUUUUUGCAAUAUUUUUUUUUUAAGUCCGAAAAGAAUUCGAUUAGAUAUAAACUUCCUUGCAAAUAUAUAUUAAAUAAAAUAUACAUUAAAGUUUACAGCUUCUUUAUCAUAAUGGCAAAACCUGCAAGUGCUAUAGGUUCAGAGACCGAUUUAUUGGUUUGUCCCUACAACGAAUCCCAUUUGAUAUUGCGCAAACGUUUCCAAGUGCAUUUAAUACGCUGUCGUCGUUCACAUCCCAAUGCACCAAUGAUUGUUUGCCCAUUCAAUGUAACACAUCGUGUUAAUAAAGUGGAAUUAGAGUGGCAUGUUUCAACUUGUCCGGAUCGGCAAAAUUUUGAAAAUUUUCGCCAUCAAGAUGCACCGAUCGUGGGAUUGAGUUCAACCAUUAAUCUUACAUUCUGUGGAAGUGCAGCUGUGGGUAAUGCCACUUCGUUGUUUAAUAAUACCUAUAAUACGGUAGCAACUACCAAUAAUAUUAAGGGUGGUGAAUAUAUUGAAUCUUCAGAAUCUUGGGAUGAUUUACCCGAACAUCCCAGCUAUAAUCCUAAUGAAUAUAUUGAGAAAGCAGAGGUACUACGUUUGCCUGUGGGUAUGACUCCAUCAGAACGUAAGGCUUUUCGUUUGGCCGAACGUAAACGUUUGCAAUCUUUGAUGAAAUGAAUUUUGAAUGCUGGGCAUAUGCUAAUAAGUUAUCUCUUAUAAAUACUUGAAUUAAUGUAAGUUUUAGAAGUUUAUUUUUAAUAAUAGAAAUUUUUCUUUGAGUUUAAUU